GAAAAUUCAGCAAAUAGUGUGAUUACAACAAUACUUGGAUUGAUUGCGACAGUUAAUCCAAAAAGUAUAGUAAACGCAUGGAUAAUGUAUAAGAACACAAUAAAUUAAAAUAACAUUCCCGUAUGUGUAUAUAUAUAAAAAAAUUCUAACGAAUGUAUACAUGUAUACAUGUAUGUAUGUAUGUAGCGCGAAGUAAUGCACAAAAGUCGGCCUCAAUGCCUCGCGUCUGAAAAGAAGAAGGAAGGGGUAGGAGGUGGUCACUAGCCAGCCCUCCUCUCGCACUGAUAAGAAAACGUCGCGCGUAGAUGGGUAUAGAACUCGCGCGAUAAUAACCACACCGUGCCACGCCGCGUGGCGAUUUUACUACUCCCAUACUUUUCCCCAGCAUGAUUCGCGCUGCUCCUACCACCGCAUGAAGCAGUAGGCACCGAGACCGACUCUCCCCUCUCGAAUCACCACUCCGCUUGCGAUCACAGUUCGAAUUGGUCAUUCUCUCUCUCUCUCUCUCUCUCUUUCUCUCUGUUCUAUUUUACCCUAUUCCUUCUCUCUCUCGCUCUCUUUUCCUCUCCUUCUUGCUCUCGUUUUCGUCUCGUCCUACUCUUCGACUUAUUCACUCCCCUCUUCAUCUUUCCUUGUCUCUGUGCAUUCGUUCUCGCGGUAUCUUCGUCUCGCCUUCGUUCACUUAGCUCGGGCAGCUCGCUAGCAAACUCGGAUCGCUUCGGCCAUCCGCUAAGACCGCAAUUGCUCGUUCAUUUUCCGUCUCUCUCGUUUAUUCUCCUUCUGUUUCUUUUCCCCUUUUGUUUUACCGCCUUUUCUCUAGCUCUGUUCCUCUACCUUUCAUUCCAUCUCUUUUCCUCCUCUUGCUUCGUUUGCUCUAUGUACAUAAUAUACAUGAGCCUCGCUCCCGAUCAUAGAGCAGUGGCGCGAGUUCUCGUACAGCCAGCAAAAGUCCGGAUCUUAAUUUUCGUCUAGUCGCCGAUCGCGGUGUACACACAGCAUCUCUCAGUCGCUCUUCUCUACAUCUUCCGUGCGCGACAACGAAAGGAUAAAGAACGCGUGAAUCCUCCGUAGGUGAGAAUGUCGUAGUCGCAGUCAUCCUCGCAGUCGAGAAUAAAGUGCCAAAGUCUCUAGCUUAUAGUGCCAAUUCCAGAUUGACAAGCAGCUGUCAGACGGACAAGAAGCGGGAACUCAACGAAGGAUAAGCACCAAGUGAUCUCAAGAAAAACGAGAUAAUAAUUACGAGAUGAAGAGGAGGAGCGACGACGAUGGCAAACCUGUGGCCAAGUACCGGCACCGCGAAUACGUCUUGAUCGGAUAUGUCGGGGCCACGGAACCAACGUCGCAGUCCACUAGGGAGGCAAUUGUUAAGCAGGAGGAGGGGGACAAAGCAGUGGCGGCGACGGCGAUAAAGAGCGAGGACGUCAUCGGACACGAAGUCGGCCAGCAGCAGGAGCAACACCAGCAGCAGCAACAUCAGCAACAGCUGGCAUUUGUGGCGACUGAGGAGACUGAAGAGGAGGACAGCGGUGUGGGCGUGCUGGAGGCGGGACAGCCGGAAAUGGAAAAUGGCGCCAUGGUUGAGCCAACCGGUGCCGAAGCAGUCGCUAUUGCGGUCGCCGCCGUCGCCGCUGCUACCGACGAUCAUGCCAAUGAGGAUCCAAAUACUGCUUAUACCCUUCACGAGCUCGACUAUCAUCCUACGCACAUAAUUCAUGAAAGUUUCGGGGGCGGUGAUAUGGGGGAGGAGCAGCAGCCGCAGCAACAGGUUUCUCAGUCGCCCCACCAAUCACAUCAUCAACAACAGCACGACGCACACCAUCAUCAUCGUCAACAGCAGCCGCAGCAGCAGCAGCACCCCCGCCAGCGGCAGCAGCAGCAGCAGCCGUCGCAACACCAUCACCAACAGACGCAACAGUAUGUUCAGCUUGGGGCGAGAGAGGUCCCGGUUCCUGAGGGAGGGGAUAACCGGCACCCGACAGAGGCCUCCAUUGCGCCGGAGGGACGCCGCGCCGGCAGUCACAUGCCUCACUCCACGAUGCAUCGUUACGGAACCGAGACACUCUCACCAACCACAACGGACCAUCAUCACCAUCAACAACAGCAGUCGCAUCAUCAUCAUUUAUCCGAGGUGCAUCAGCAUACCUCUCUAUCAGCCGUCGCUCACCGUCAUCUAGAAGAUCCGCAGCAACAUCAUCAAGAAACUGACGAGGAUGUGGAUCGAGGGGUGAGCAGCAUCACCGCGGCCAUGAGAGGUGCACGGAAUGAUUAUUUAGGUGUACUCUUCUCGAAUCUCUCUUCGUCAAAUACUACAUCUAGUAAUGGCAGCAAUCAUCAUCAUCAUCAUCAUCAUCAUACGUCGCAUCACCUGGAGGAUGUGUUGUCCGAGGAACCUUAUUUGCAACAUCAAAUUCGCGGUGGCGGAGGAGCUCCCCCGACUGGCGGUGCUUCUCCAUCAGUGAGGACCGUCGGUGGCUCUCCGACCUCCAGCCAUAGUCCGCACGAUGAUCAGGGUCUCUCAUCGCCACAUCGCCAAGCCCAGGAGACUGGUUACAGUCCCACUGAUCAGGGCAGACCAUUGCAAUCUUUUACGCAUCUUACGGCUAUGCAACCACCACCGUCGGUGCAAACCAAUCACGGAUUGCAGGAAGCCGAGCGUGUAUCCGAUCAGCUGUAUAUUGACUCGAUCUACACGCAUCACGCCGCUGGUACUCCUCAUCACCAUCAGGACCAACACGAUCAAGGUCCCUCCGCGCCGCAUUCGCCCAGUGGUCCGCUCUCCAGUUCUUCGUUAUAUCGACCGAUGAGUGGCGUGGGUGCGAUGGGUACUGUGGCUGGAACCGGAGGAACCUAUACCCUUCCUUACAUGACGAGCAGCCCCACUGAAAUGACACCGUCGUCUCAACUUUGGAAUGCUCAGGUUACAGGUCUGAGCGGGCUGUCCAUGCCUGAAGAUUACGGUAGCAAAUCUUCGAGCACGGUGUCACAUCAAUCUCUACCGGCGUUUUCGCAAACACCUUUCGGCACUCGGUCGAAUUUCCGUGGUUACAGUCCACCGUAUUCGUCCUCUCAACAGAAUACCACUGGGAACGCCGCUGUCUCCGCCGUAGAAGCUUCUUGGACGUAUGCAUCACCUACGACCGACGCUUUAACGACGCAAUAUGGCACACCGUCGAGACGGCAGACUGUUAAUCCAGCAACAGCACCGACGCAAAUCAGUGCUGCCGCAAGUUUAACUGCAAUGCACAACAUCGAAGCAGAGUACUUUACGGAGGGCCGUGAGUGCGUGAAUUGCGGCGCGAUUUCCACACCCUUAUGGCGUAGAGAUGGUACCGGGCAUUACCUCUGCAACGCAUGCGGUCUCUACCAUAAGAUGAACGGAAUGAAUCGUCCAUUAGUUAAACAACCACGUCGCUUGUCUGCCACGAGACGCGUUGGUCUCUCUUGCAGCAACUGUGAAACUACGAUGACGUCUCUAUGGCGUCGUAACGCACAGGGUGAACCGGUGUGCAAUGCCUGCGGUCUUUACUUCAAGUUGCAUGGCGUCAACAGGCCGUCGACUAUGAAGAAAGACAGCAUUCAAACGCGCAAACGGAAGCCUAAGGGUGGAAUGAAAAGCAGCGAUACGCCUCUUUCUGGCAAUGUCGCGCAAUGCACAAACAAUAAUAAUAAUAAUAAUAAUAGCGUCAAGCUUGAACCAGAUACCUACAAUGAUUUGAGGAUGGCUCAUACCGGCGUAUCGCAAAUGACAUAUUCAAGUAAUCUUUACGGUAGUUCUCAGUCUUCGGGUAGGCUAGUGCCCUAUCAGCCUGUGUAUUACGAUCUGAUCACUUCACAGCAACAGCAACAACAACACCAAUUGCUAGAGACCCAUUCACCAAAGAUCGAAUGUCCAUCUCCACCUUGCGCAACGCGCUCACCUGGAAUGGUCUCAGCUGGCCAAUCACCUGAUCAUCAUCAACUCACUUCGCCACAUAUCGUCACUCUAGGCAGUCCGUCGACUAGUCCAGCCGGAUCUAAAAUUAUGCUGGACAAUGGUCACCUCGAGAGAUCUACGGUUGUGUCGAUAUCAUCCUAAACACAGUCUGGAAAGAUGUCGGAUUGUUAAGGCAGGCAAUAAAUAAAAAAUCGUAGCUAAGUAAUUAAGUGCCU